AUGGCGGUAGCAUUGAAUAGCAAGUUACGCUUUUGCAGCUUCUUAAUACGUGCAUUACCAAUCAGGCGAAAUGACUUUGUCAAUCGACAGAUCAAUUUCAAUCAGAGCUACUACCCGAUGCAGCAAUGGCUUCGAUAUUAUGCUAAGAAAAGCAAGAAACAAGAAAAGAAACUAUCUCAACUUGCAUUCGAUGACGAUAUGAUCAGUUUUAGUGAAAUGAAGAUAAAGCUAGAAGGGAUAGUAGAUGGCCUGGCGCGAGAAUACAGUAAUAUCCUUGUAUCUAGAAUCACUCCAGAAAAUUUAAAUCGUAUAUCAGUCCAAACUAAUGAUGGUAAAGUGCCACUAAAACAGUUAGGUCAAGUAACUUCAACGUCUCCCCAGCUCUUACAUAUAUCAUUAGCAGCUUUCCCUGAGGUCGUGAAUAAUGCUGCUAUCGCAAUUAGGAACGCCGGUCUUAAUUUGAAUCCAAUUGUAGAUGGACCGUCCUUAAAAGUUCCAAUACCAAAAAUGACAAAAGAACAAAGAGAAAAGAUUGUAAAAACUGCCAAAUCUAGCUGCGAUAAAGCUAAAGUCAACAUUAGACGGGUUAGGCAAAACUAUAUGAACGAUUUAAAGAAACUGAAAGGGGUUUCCGAGGAUGAUGUUUAUGAUACAAAGGAUAAGAUUCAGGCCAUGACUGAUAACUACUCUAAUAAAUUGGAUAGUCUCUUUACGACAAAGAGUGAUGAUGUACUAAGGAAGUAG